ACACUUCAAUGUGAGGCAAUAUCAAAAAUACGGUUAUCGCUUUUUUAAGACCACUGGCGCCACGCAACCGUUAAAUGAUAACGAACAGAGCUGGCGUUGCAAUCAACUCCGAAAUAAUUAUCAACAAUUACACAGCCGCGAAUCAUCCUCAGAGCAUAGGGAUGCGUGUGAAAAUAUUAGAUAUAAUAAUAAAAGGCAACAACAACAACAACUACAACGAAAUAAAAAUCAUAUCGCCAUAGAUAUUGAUGGCGAUGAUUUGCUGAGAGAAAUUCCGGAGGAAAAUCAUUACUUGGCACCCUACGGUGGUCACGCAAAAAAGGGCUACCGAAAUUUUGGCACACGUCAAGGCCGCACCGCUUGCAGCAAGCUCGCUGAGAAGAAGGAAAUCAUUGUUAUCAUACUCAAAAUUAGCUCCACAGCAACGGUUGCCACACUGCUCUGGCACUACUUGGGCUGGAUGAGUGGUUUAACGGCAAUGUUUGCGGCUCUUUUCGCACUGAUGUUGCUUACCUUGGGCUGGCGUUGGCUCUUUAUAGCCGCUGUAACAGCCAAGCGGGAUUUUACCGCGCUCUGGGCUUACAUAAAACUGCUGCUACUGAUAAAACGCUACGAGCGUAAAAACUUAUCCAUUGGUGAUAUAUUCGAGCAAAAUGCACGCAAACAACCCAACAAGUUGGCUAUCAUCAGCGACUCGCAACGUUGGACAUUUCGUCAGCUCAAUGAUUUCUCAAAUCGCAUUGCGGCCACCUUUCACAAGCACGGCUACAGGCGGGGUGAUGUUAUUGGUUUGUUGUUGGAGAAUCGCCCGGAAUAUGUUGCCAUUUGGUUGGGUCUCUCGAAACUUGGUGUUAUUACCGCGCUCAUCAAUACCAAUUUGAAGGGUCCCACUCUACGGCACAGUAUUAAUGUGGCUAAAUGUUCAGCACUUAUUUAUGGCGAGGAUUUCUGUGACUCUGUCGCGCAGGUGGGGAAUGAGAUACCAGCAAAGUUGUAUCAAUUCAAUAAUGAUUUGAGUGAACCGGUGCGUCCGGAUGCUACAGAUUUGACUACCAUUUUAUAUUCUCUGGGGGAUGUGGAGUUGCCUGUCGGUGUUCAUCGUCCACAUCAUCAUGAUAAGUUGAUGUAUAUUUACACUUCGGGCACGACGGGCUUGCCAAAGGCGGCAGUCAUCUCGCAUUCAAGAUAUAUGUUUAUAGCCGCGGGCAUACAUUAUACAUUGAACUUCAAAAAUAAAGAUAUAUACUACACGCCACUGCCGCUCUAUCACACAGCCGGCGGGGUAAUGAGCAUAGGGCAAGCAUUGCUCUUUGGAUCGACUGUAGCCAUACGGAAAAAAUUCUCAGCCUCGGGAUAUUUCGCCGAUUGUGUACGCUUCAAAUGCACGAUCGCGCAAUAUAUUGGCGAAAUGGCGCGCUACAUCUUGACUACGUCACCCACACAAUACGAUCGCAGACAUAAGGUGCGCAUGAUAUUCGGCAAUGGCUUGCGUCCGUUGAUCUGGCGUAGUUUCACCAAACGUUUCAAUAUACCAAAAGUCGGCGAGUUCUACGGCGCCACUGAGGGCAAUGCGAAUAUUAUGAAUAACGAUAAUACAGUCGGCGCUAUUGGCUUCAUCUCACGCAUUUUCCCACAAAUCUAUCCCAUAUCGAUAAUCAGAGCAGAUCCCAAUACUGGCGAACCGAUACGUGGCGUUGAUGGCUUGUGCCAGCGUUGUGCGCCGGGCGAGGCGGGCGUUUUUAUUGGUAAAAUCAUCAAAGGUAAUCCGUCACGUGAGUUUCUCGGUUAUGCCGAUGAGAAGGCUUCCGCGAAGAAGGUGGCGCAUAAUGUAUUCAAAAAGGGUGAUAUGGCAUUUAUAUCCGGUGAUCUGUUGACGUCUGACGAACGUGGUUAUCUCUACUUUUUGGAUCGUACUGGUGACACAUACCGUUGGAAGGGUGAAAAUGUCUCGACUAGCGAGGUGGAGGCGCAAGUGAGCAAUGUGGCGCAGUAUAAGGACACAAUCGUCUAUGGUGUGGCGAUACCUCACACAGAGGGGCGUGCCGGUAUGGCUGCCAUAUAUGAUCCCGAGCGGCAAGUGGAUCUCGAGCGUUUCGCAUAUGAAUUGUCUAAAGUUGUGCCGCCAUAUGCGCGUCCACAAUUUAUACGCUUCCUCACGAAAUUGGACAUCACGGGCACAUAUAAAUUGCGUAAGGUUGACUUGCAGCGUGAAGGGUAUAAUCCCAAUGUGAUUAAGGAUGAAAUUUAUUAUCGCACGGCUAAGGGUAGAUAUGAGUUGCUGACUAGUGAGAUUUAUCAUAAAAUCAAUGUAGGACAAGUGCGAUUUUAGAAAAAAAUUCAAAAUCUUUAGUAUUUAAAGUAGCUCAAUUUAUAGUUUUUAAGAAGCUCAUAGAGUUGCUGCAGAGAAUCCGAUAAAUAAAUGUUUGAAG